AUGGUUUCUCUUCGAAUUCUCAGAAGAACUCAUGAACUCCAACAGAAGCUAUUAUCGCCUACUUCAAACCCCAUUUCUCUCUUCUACACCCUCUUCUCUCUCAGAACAGUCUCUUCCUACACUCACUAUGAUGACCCAUACUCCACAACUACCAUCACCACCACCACCUCCAGCUCCAGCUCUUCCCAAUCUCAGUCUCUUGUCAGAACAAUCUGUGCAUUGGUAUGUCAGUCCUAUUCCCCACAAACCAAUCUGAGACCAUCACCUCCCAAGCUCAACCUUGACUUAAAUGCUGAUUCUUUGACGCAUGAACAGGCUAUUUCUGUUGUUGCUUCACUGGCUGAAGAGGCUGGUUCCAUGGUAGCCUUGAGUUUCUUCUAUUGGGCAAUUGGGUUUCCCAAAUUUCGGUAUUUUAUGCGGCUUUAUAUAUUUUGUGCAAUGUCGUUAUUUGGGAAUGGUAAUUUGGAGAGAGCCCAUGAAGUGGUUCAUUGUAUGGUGAGGAAUUUUGCUGAGAUUGAGAGAUUGAAGGAGGCUGCCGAUAUGGUCUUUGAGAUGCAAAACCAAGGCCUUAUGUUGAGUACUCGGACGUUGAAUUGUGUUCUUGGGAUUGCCUGUGACUUGGGUUUGGUUGAGUAUGCAGAGAAUUUGUUUGAGGAAAUGUGCGUGAGAGGGGUAUCGCCUGAUUCUUUGAGCUAUAAGUCUAUGGUUGUUGGGUAUUGUAGGAACAGCAGAGUUUUGGAGGUGGAUAGGUGGUUGAGUAAGAUGCUUGAGAGAGGCUUUGUUUUGGAUAAUGCUACGUUUACUUUGAUUAUAAGUCUGUUCUGCGAAAAGAGUCUUGUAAGUCGAGCGUCUUGGUGCUUUGAUAAGAUGAUUCGGAUGGGUGUGAAGCCAAAUUUGAUUAAUUUCACAUCUUUGAUUCAUGGGUUGUGCCAGAGGGGCAGCAUUAAACAAGCAUUUGAAAUGUUGGAGGAAAUGGUUAGGAAAGGUUGGAAGCCUAAUGUGUAUACACAUACAGCUUUGAUUGAUGGGCUCUGCAAGAAAGGUUGGACUGAAAGGGCAUUCAGGCUGUUUCUUAAGCUUGUCCGGAGCGAUAAUUACAAGCCAAAUGUACAUACAUAUACUGCCAUGAUCCGUGGAUAUUGCGAAGAAGACAAAAUGAGCCGUGCAGAGAUGUUAUUGAGCAGAAUGAAAGAACAAGGAUUAGUUCCUAACACCAAUACGUAUACUACUCUCGUUUCUGGGCAUUGCAAAGCUGGGAAUUUUGAUAGAGCAUAUGAAUUGAUGGAUAUAAUGGGAAAAGAAGGAUUCGCUCCUAAUAUCUGUACAUACAAUGCAGUUUUUGACAGCCUCUGUAAAAAGGGGAGGGUUCAAGAGGCAUAUAAGUUGAUUAAGAAGGGCUUUCGCCGAGGAUUGGAAGCUGACAGGGUCACGUAUACCAUUUUCAUAUCUGAGCACUGCAAAAGGAGUGAUAUUAACGGGGCCUUGGUGUUUUUUAACAAGAUGCUCAAGGUUGGGUUGCAGCCUGAUAUGCAUUCAUAUACCACUUUGAUUGCUGCCUUCUGUAGGCAAAAGAAAAUGAAAGAAAGCGAGAAAUUUUUUGAGUUAUCUUUAAGGCUUGGCUUGAUUCCCACCAAGGAAACCUAUACUUCAAUGAUAUGCGGCUACUGUCGGGAUGAAAAUAUUGCCUUGGCUGUUAAAUUUUUCCAUAGGAUGGGUGACCAUGGUUGUGCCCCAGAUAGUUUUACGUACGGUGCUCUAAUAAGCGGGCUCUGCAAGGAGGAGAAAUUGGAAGAGGCUCGUAGGUUAUAUGAUACCAUGAUGGACAAAGGGCUGUCGCCCUGUGAAGUUACUAGGUUGACAUUAGCUUACAAGUACUGCAAAAAAGAUGACUCUGCAGCUGCUAUGGUUUUAUUGGAAAGGCUAGAGAAGAAGCUCUGGAUCCGCACAGUGAAUACAUUGGUGAGGAAGCUUUGUAGCGAGAAGAAAGUGGGCAUCGCGGCAUUGUUCUUUCAUAAAUUAGUGGACAAGGAUAAGAAUGUGGAUCGUGUGACAUUGGCGGCGUUUAAGACUGCAUGCUAUGAGAGCAACAAGUAUGCUCUUGUUUUGGAUUUGACUGAGAGGAUCUCUAAAGGAAUUGGCUAG